AUGAUCGACUCAAACAGCGAAGAUGUCUGUGAACAAGAUGAAUGGAAAGCCCGCUCUCCCUUCUUCGUUGUUGGUUCAAAGACUCUGGGUGAGUGCGAAUUGCUGCGCGCACCGACGGACGCUCUUGUUUUAUCAAUCCUCCUUCGCCUCCUCCCCCUGCUCUCUUCAAGUUCCCGGCGGCUCCAGGCUCAGCCCUCUUCGCUCUGCUCUCGGCGGGUCACCUCCUCCAUCCACAUGAAAAAAACUUUGGAGCAGAGGCGCGACUGUGGAUCGAAGCGCAAAAACACGCCCUGGCGGUGCGUCCCAGUACUGCAGCGCAUGUAA